AUGGGAACCGGUAGCCAUGCAACAGACUUAGGCACCAAGUGUGUAGCAUAUUUAGGCUAAUAAGCUUUGCUAAUCAAGGGAAGGUGUUCCUUUUGUUUGGACUGCUAAGGACUGUUAUGUUGUCGUCUCCGCUGCGCUGUUGACUGUCUCCAUUGGGGCUGUGGUGGUUUGUCGUAUCCAGUAGCCUAACCCAGGAAAAAUACUGCUGGUCUAGUGUUUCUGUGUCGAUUUGGGCCGUACAUAUAUGGCGAAUGUGAGUGUGAGUGGAGACUUCUGCCAGGCACAGCACCUCUCCUUCGUGGACAAGUGAAUCGGCCGCCCCCCUCGGGACUACGCUACCCAGAAGCCCCCCUGACUGCCAGCACACUGGGAACCCCUGUCUCUUCUCACGGCCAUCUGGGAUACCGCGUAGUCCUAGGCCAGAUCGCCCAGCUCUGUCCCAGCCAAUAAGGAAUCGCCCUUCUCUUCCCUUCUCAUCUUUCUCUUCGAAUAGCCAAUCACAAACAGCUCUCCUGAAUGGGCCGUCUCGCCAACAUGAACCGCCCCGCUGCAGUCGAGAUUUCCUACGAGUGCAUGAGGUUCCUCAUCACCCACAACCCAACAAAUGCCACGCUCAACAAGUUCACAGAGGAACUGAAGAAGUGUGAGGUGAACACUUUGGUGCGGGUGUGUGACGCCACCUAUGAUAAGGCCCCUGUGGAGAAGGAAGGGAUCCAGGUCCUGGAUUGGCCCUUUGACGAUGGCGCCCCGCCCCCUACCCAGAUUGUGGACGAUUGGCUCAACCUGCUAAAGACCAAGUUCCGUGAAGAGCCAGGCUGCUGCAUCGCUGUACACUGUGUGGCAGGGCUGGGCCGAGCUCCAGUCCUGGUGGCCUUAGCGUUGAUCGAGACUGGGAUGAAGUAUGAGGACGCAGUGCAGUUCAUAAGACAGAAAAGACGUGGAGCGUUCAAUUCCAAACAGCUUCUUUACCUCGAGAAAUACAGACCCAAGAUGCGUCUGCGCUUCAAGGAUGCCAACGUCCACAACUGCUGUGUGCAGUAGGCUGUCUGUCUGUCUGCAUCCCUCCGUGUGCAACUGGUGGGAAAACUAUUCCAACAAGGAGAGAUAAAAAGAGAAAGCUAUCAGUAAUUAUUGUGAUGAUUUAACACACAGUCAUGGCUAAUUGAUCACAGAAUGAGUGAAUACAGAUGUAGAGAUCCACCAGCCGUACCAAUGAAUAAGGUCAAAGCACACUGAUGGGUGACACCCCCCCCCUCCCCUCCCGGUUACUAGUGUCCAAUCAUGGUCCAGAAUUUGUUCAACUCAAGUCCAUUCAGAUUUUUCCAUUUUAAAUUAUGGUUAACUUUUUAUUUGUAUUUUUUACACACAAGGAAGUUGUAAUAUGAUGAUGACAACAACAACAAAACAAAUGACAUUAAUAUUGUUGAUUUGUAUUUUAUCCUUUAAAUAUUGAUAUUAUGAUGUUUGGCGCAGGCUAAUGUAUCUCACAAGAUAUGUUUUAAAACCCUUCAGCGCAUCACAAUACUAUUCCAUGUUUAAAAAACUAAAAAUCUGUUCUGGUAUUGAGACAUUUUUCACAGCGUAAAAUCUCCAAAAAGUUCCACUGAAAAUGCAUUUCUCUCAUGCUUUUUCUCUCCUCCUUCACUCGCUUGAAGUCACUUUUAAUUUAGGGAUUGGCUGGGUUUUAAAUGUCUGCUAUAUUUAUUCUCUAGCUAUGAUUAGUGUGGCAGUCUAGAGUUGGGCAGGGGCAAGGACACUGUAAUCCUUUUUUCUAGAGCCAUGUUGUUUCACUUUCUGUUUUUUGAAAUCUCGCGGGAGUGCAAUAUUCAAUCCACCUCAGAAAUGCCCCCAAAACCCUGUGACCGUCCUACACACACACACACACACACACAGACACAUCUGGACACGCACACACAAACACACACUCACAAACACACAUGCGCGCGCGCGCACACACAAGCAAGCAGGCAGUUAUUAGACAGGAAGACCCUUGGCUAGUCUGACUGCGGGUACGUGUCCAUUCACUAAGGCUGCUUACUCCUCUUUCUGGGUUUACAAUAGGACUACCUUACACGCCGCACACUGUAUGACACACACACACACACACAUGCAGGCAGACAAACGCACACACACACACCAUACAACCCAACUGUUAAUCCCUACUCUCACUCUGAAGGAAAAGAGGUGGAAAAGAAAGAAAAUGGUCAGUUUUUUAUCAUUGUACCCAUUUUAAAGACAUCCCCAAUUCCUAUUGGUUUUAAAAGAUAAAUAAAAUAAAAUUGAAAUAAGAUGAAA